CUCAAAUUUUCAAUCGCCGCUGCGUCAGCGGACUGUGCAGCUACUGGCGAGUUGUAGUUCCGACUAAAUCACGGGCGGAAACCAUGGCUGAUCAGUGGUUGCUUGUCCUCCCGAUGGGCAACGACUUCUUCUCCCGGCUCGACUGCAUUCCGUUUCAUCGGACGUGGCUGUGCUUGGCAUGUUGCGUGGUCCAGUUUUGCGCCGGCUCCAUGUACGCCUUCACGAUGCUCACCGACAGCGUCGACGGAAACGUGACCAAGGAGGCGGCGAAUCGUGUCCUCCUGUUGGCGUACGUUUGUCUGGGGGUGUCAGCCGCACUGGCAGGCCCUUUCGCCGAACGACAGGGUCCACGGCAGUCCAUUGCGCUCGGAACCGCGAUAGUUGCCAUCGGGCAAGUUUUGUCACAACUCGCCAUCACUUUCAAACUGCCCUUUGUGCUCCUUUUGGGGUACAAGCCCCUGGCGGGCUUCCUUGGGCUGCCCAACUUGAACAACCCUAUGUUUGGCGUAUGCUUUGGGCUCGGGUUUGGCGUUCUCUUGAUCACACAAGCGCGGUGUCGGGGCUAUGCAUCGUUUGGGAUUGGCAAUGGCGCGUUUAUUAAGUUCGCGUCCAUGGUGCUCGAGGUGCCCAUGGGAGCCGUGCAGGUCGUGCUGUCAGGCGAAGCCAUGGCCAAAAUAUUUUGGACCACCGGCACGUUCAUCGUGGCGUCGUUGCUCAUGAGCACGCUGGUGCUGCGCACACCCCCUGUAUCGUACACGGUCAAGGGCAAGGACAUCCACAACGUUGACAAGCAUCGAGCCCCGAACCCGACGCUAGUGCAGGACGAGUUUUUGAAUGUCGGCAUGACGCAGGUCAACUACACCGUUGUCCAGCACGAAUUGGACGUGCUACUUUCAGCAGGUCAAGGCCAUGUCGCUGCCAACGUGAUGCCGAUCCUUGUGUUUUUGCCCGAGAUCCGCCAGCUCGCGAUUCAACUCGUGGGGCUGCGAACGCAAGAUCAAGUGUACUCGUUCUUCUUUGACACUUAUGUGGGCAACUUGGGUGACCGCCUUGCCACCCCGCUCUUGUCCGACCUCAUCACCCGUGUGUGCUAUGCCAAUCCUGCGUUUGCGAGAGAACUACUCGUGUUCGUUGGCCUCUUGGUACUCCAGUUCGUCGCGUUGGUCCUGGUCUUGCACAACUUCGACAAUCCGGUCAUGGUGCAGCGCCUAGCAAGCGUCCUGACUUCAGCUGCGGGCGGCGGCCUUGCGACCAUCCCGUGCUUCGUCACGGACAAGUUUGGCGUGUACAAUUCAGGCACCAUGUACGGUGUCGUCUGGACGAGCUGGUCCUGUGGCGCGGUCGUGUCCGGGUACCUCCUGUCCAAGCAAUUCUUCUCGAUGGCAGCUGUGAGUGACCAACUCAGGUGGAUGCUCAUUCUCACGGGCACUGGCAUCGGACUCAUGGUGUUUGUCCGCACCAACUCAAUGGAUCGAUUCUUCCACGGGUAUCAAUUCCGCGCAUUCGGCAAAAUCCUCGGACAAGUGCCGUUUCGCGUGCCGCCGCGAGCUACUGUUGACGACGUCGACGCGGAUAGCCUUGUCACGAUGGUCACCCCCGUGUGCCAACACGCUGGCCGUAGCGUCGGCAACUUUGUCGUGUGGAGCGCCGAAGACAUUUAUGGGAAAAUCGAUGUCGAGAGCAAGCGUUAAUGCACGCGAAGGACGAGCAUCUAGUGCCGUAGUUGUCGCUACGUCUUCCCGUUACACUCUGCAUGCUGUGGAAUCCUUGGGCUGUGAGUGUCGCGGCCGCAUCAAGCUUGUCGAACUCUUACCGCGCCACAAGUCCAUACAUAUACUAAGGAAACCAAAGCUAAGCUAUCCUGGACGCCUUGCUCCGUCGCAGCCGAAAUGAUGCCAUUUUAGUCAGCGUUCGUGCGGGUGGUCCAGGGAAGGAGUUGGUAGCCUUCAUUUCCGUAUAGCGCUCCAUCGAAGACAACCUCGUGUCCACGGAGCUUCCGGAACUGGGUCGUCCGUGCUGCAGGACGACGUGCUCGAGCGCUUCGACCCACGCAUCCAUGUCUUGUUGUGAGAACGCCGCCAGGACAAACCUCCUCUGGGGAGUCUUGAUGGCAAUGCGCCAAAUUGUUGUGUUCUUUGUGUCUUGAUCGCGCAUGAGGCAGUCAGGUGGCAUGAUUUCAAUGUCUUGCAGCGUGCAGCGCGUGAGGUCGACCGACCCUUUCAGCGAACCGCCUCGGGUUUUGUAGUACAAGAGGCAGUCUCCUGUCAAGAUGGCAUAUCGUGCCUUCCAGUUGUCCCGGCCGAACCAGCCGCGCUUCCUGCCCUGCUUGUAGAUCGAGCCCAUACGAUACACCGUCGUGUUGGUCAUCGCGAUCGUCUGUGGAAACUUUCAGUGUGCAUGCGAACAACGCGAACGAAGAAGGUCGUGCCACCGGUCAUGGCGUCCGGUGGCCAGUGCUCGAGCCAGAUCUGUGUGAGGAGGUG